AUGGUGGUGGUCAUGGGUGACUGGCUGUGGGAGACCUAUGGGGACUACACACGCGGGGAGCAUCAGCUAGUGUGCACAGAUAAACAGUGUGUGCAGCCCCAACCCGGGCGCCCCCCUGUGCGCCUGCGCUCUGCGCCCGCGGGAGCCGGGUGUCGCAGGAACUUGGGCGCCGCAGGUGCGGUUUGCGCCGACUCGAGCCUCGGGAGCGCACGCCGCGCGGGGCUGGGACAGGUGGCUGCCGCGAUGGGCUGCUCCAGCAGCGCCCUCCACAAGGCUGGCGACAGCAGCAAGCUCCGCAGCGAAAUAAAUGAGUCCUGCACUGCCCAACCCAAACCAUGCACACUGGGAAGAGAAUCUACUUUUUAUGGCAAGACACAAGAGGAAAGCCUGCCUCCAUCAGAGAAGCUCAAGAUUGCAGUAGUUUCUACAGCUAAUGGUGUAAACUCCCUCUGUGAACAGUCCCUGUCAAAAGAUGCUAUAGCCCAACCAGGAUCCACAGGGAACACUCAGCUUCCAGAGGGACUCAAAGAGUGUGGACUCUCUCAGCCAGGUGGCAAAGAUGAUGCUUGGGGUGCCGAAGAAAAGAAGGUGGUGGAGCCAGAGAUGGAGCCUUCAAAAGGAAAUGCUGAGACGGAACCUGUAGAAACAGAAUCUCAGUGUCAGCCUUUGAGGAAAGCAGGGCAGGGUGAGUCUCCUGCAGCAGUGGAAGGCACGGAGAACAUAUGGUCUGCUGCAGAGAUGAGACCUCCAGGAAGAGCUGAGAAAAGUCCUCCAGAAGCAGCAAGAGAGCUACAAGCUCAAGAUGCAGUAGGACAGGAGGAAAAGUCUCUAAUGGAGAAUGAAUCUCCAGAAUUAUUGGAACAAAGUCAGCUUGUGGACAAAGGUGAAGAAUGGCAACUGGGAAAAGAUGAACAACCCCAACUCCUAAUAGCUGCUGAGGAAAAUGAAUCUCUGGAGGUGUUAGAGAGAAGUCAGCUCGUGGAAAGAGCAGAAGUACAGCAACUUCCAGCAACCCUAGGAAAAGAUGUGCAUUCCCAAUCUCUAAAAAUAAUUCCCAAAGAAAAGGAAUCUCCAGAAAUAUUGCAAGCAGGACAUUUUAUGGGGUCUCCUGGAAAGAGUGAUUUGCUCCAUGAAACCCCAGACAUUCCAGAAAACAUGGAGCAGAUUCAACCUGAAGGGGUAGUAGAAAGCAUGGCGCACCCAGCAGGAAUGUCAGAGACAGGAACAACUAUGGACAUAAGCAGGGAAAUUCACACCAAUGAAGGGGACCAAUACAUGGAAGGUGAAACAGGAAAAAAGGUUGAAAGAGAGAUGGAGAAAAAGAAAGUGAGUGGAGGAACUGAAACAAAAGAAGAAGAGACAGGAGAAGCUGUGGACCUUUCAUCAGCCACAUAGAUAGGUAUGGUGAGAGGCGGGUGAUUGGACACAGUAUGUCAGACUACAGAGGACAGA